CGCCUAUUUUAGUUUACACAGAGAGAGAGAGUGUGUGUAAGAAAAAGAUCAGGGCGGGUGAACUCACAGGAGCAAGAAGGUUGUGGAACUUGCUGUGCGGGCAGAGCGUGUUUGCAGAUUUAAAAGAUGAGUUACCCAGGAUACCCGCCAGCCCCAGGCGGCUACCCGCCAGCCCCAGGCGGCUACCCGCCAGCCCCAGGCGGCUACCCGCCAGCCCCAGGAGGAUACCCACCAGCCCCAGGAGGAUACCCACCUGCACCAGGAGGAUACCCAUCUGCACCAGGUGGUAAUCCAUGGGGUCCCAAUCCGACCAUGCCCAUUGGACUGGAUUCUUUUGGAAGCAUGCCGACAAGUGCCAAUUUUUCCAAUAUGGCAGGAAGGAUUGAGAACUUAGCAGCUUCAAUACGACCACAACUUCCAGAUGCAUUUGGGGCAUUUCCCAAUCAGCAGCCAUAUGGAAUGUACCCACAAGGCCAAGGUGGUCAACCUGGUGCUCCGUCAUACAAUCCAGGAUAUCCUGCUUCUAACCCAGGGUUCUCAGCCUCCGGCCCAACUUCAGGUUAUCCAUCUGGCCCGACGCCAGGUUAUCCAUCUGGCCCGACGCCAGGUUAUCCAUCUGGCCCGACGCCAGGUUUUGCAUCUGGCCCAACUCCAAGUUAUCCAUCUGGCCAGACUCCAGGUUAUGGAGCUAGUCCGUCACAAGGAUACCCCUCAAACCCCUCUUCAGUUGCAGCACCAGUGAAGCAUUUUAUACCCCAGGUUUUCUCAGAAUUCGAGCCUGUGAACCGGGGGACUGUAAGAGAAGCUUCAGGGUUUGAUGCCUUGAGAGAUGCUGAGACCCUCAGGAAAGCUAUGAAAGGCUUUGGCACAAAUGAACAGGCCAUUAUUGAUGUAGUCGCUCAUCGUUCGAAUAAGCAGAGGCAACAGAUUGUCUUGUCCUUUAAAACAGCCUAUGGAAAGGAUUUGAUAAAGGAGCUAAAGUCUGAGUUGUCGGGUAAUUUUGAGAAGGCAGUCCUGGCACUGCUGAAGCCUUCUGUACUUUAUGACGCCACUGAACUGAAGGAUGCCAUCAAGGGGGCUGGUACAGAUGAGCAAUGUCUAAUUGAGAUCCUGGCAUCCCGUUCCAAUGCGGAAAUCCACGCCAUCAACAGUGCUUACAAAACAGAGUUUAAAAAGACUCUGGAACAGGACAUCAAGAGUGAUACAUCAGGACACUUUGAAAGGCUGCUGGUCUCCCUUGUCCAGGGUAACCGAGAUGAAACCCAAAAUGUGGACAUAACACUGGUUAAAAAGGAUGCUCAGGAUUUAUAUAAUGCAGGAGAAGGGCGUAUGGGAACUGACGAGUCAAAGUUUAAUGCCAUCCUGUGUGCAAGGAACAGAGCCCACCUGAAAGCAGUGUUUGAGGAGUAUCGACAGGUUUGUAAAUAUGAUAUUGAAAAGACCAUCAGCCGGGAGAUGUCUGGGAACCUGGAGCGAGGCAUGUUGGCAGUAGUGAAAUGUCUGAGAAAUACCCCGGCCUUUUAUGCUGAAAGACUCUACAAGUCAAUGAAGGGUUUGGGGACAGAUGACAAAACACUGAUUCGCAUCAUGGUGUCUCGUUGUGAGGUUGAUAUGUUGGACAUCCGGGCCGAGUUCAAGAAGAUGUAUGGACAGUCGCUGUACUCCUUCAUAGCGGGUGACACCUCUGGAGAUUACAGGAAACUCCUGCUGCAGCUGUGCGGCUCGAAUGAUUAAGGAGGAAGUGAGCGGCUGAGGUGACAGACAAUUUGAUGCAGGUUCUCCAAAGAAACAACGUGCCCCAUCAAUGUGUGAAAGCCUCUCUGUCUUCCUUCUAUGGAUUUAAUUCUGUUUUGUAUUGGCUUGUAAAUGUGUAAUCUGUUUUUAUCAGCAUUUUCAAGUAUGUUCAUUUAGCCAAAGUUUGAAUGAGUACACUUCCACUUCCCAGAACAUUUUAAGACCAUCAGCACGGUUAUUAAUUCCCCUCUGCCCUGAGUGAGUUUCUCAGUAAGUGAAAAUGCUGUCGCUGUCAAAGUGUGCAGUUGUCUAGGGGAAAAAAAAAUGAACUCCACUAAUUGCUUAAAGGGAGGUGAGCAGUCUGUAUUUUUUUAGAAAUAAUUACUGUAAAGCUGCGUGCUGCUGUUUUCAGGAUAUUCUCGUUGUGCCUUCUUCUUGAGAUUUCUAAUCUGUCUGUUGGCAGGAAGUUCUUUAUUUUCUAACGGUCUUCAAUCAAAAGAUAAUCGACAUGUGUCAAGUAUGCAUGGACUUUUUUUUUGUAUUUAGAAAGCUGCAUUGUUUGCAUAAUUGGAACACCAACCAAGAAUGUUUUCGUUGUUGAGCCAGUGUUGACCUGUUCUUUCCAUCCAGGUCAAAUGGUUUGCUCUCUGCAGCAUCAUUCACCUGCCCAGAAUGGAGAGUUUGCAGCAGGGAUGUGCAGCCUAUAUCCUGCCUGGGAUUAUCCAGGUGCCAAGAGAAUUAAUUUGGUUCGUGUGCCUACUGUUUCUAUUUGGCUUCCGGACCAAAGAAUCUGCCAAUGACCCCUCAUCCUGCUGGUGUUUCUCAGAUCGCAGCAGGAACACCAGCGACAGGGAAUAAGUGUGUUUAAGUUACCAAACUCUGCAGAGCCAGCCAGGUUUAUUGAUGGUGAAGAAAGCUGUCUGAAAGUGAGGACCCUUGAGAGAAGGAAGACAAUGUGCUAAAAAUAUAAAUAAUACAGAAAUAAAUACUAUGCAACUAA